AUGUUGCAGUGCCUAAAGCAUUUGUGUGGUGCUGUAAUAAAUUGUUGCGAUUCUGAUUCCUUAAAUCAACCUAGAGGUUUAGAAAAUCCAGAACUUCUUGCAAGAGAGACUGUGUUUAGUGUAAGUGAGAUUGAAGCACUUUAUGAACUCUUCAAGAAGAUCAGCAGUGCAGUGAUUGAUGAUGGGCUGAUUAAUAAGGAAGAAUUUCAGUUGGCAUUGUUCAAGUCAAACAAGAAGGAGAGCUUAUUUGCAGACAGGGUGUUUGACUUGUUUGAUACAAAGCACAAUGGGAUACUUGAUUUUGAAGAGUUUGCCCGUGCACUGUCUGUUUUUCAUCCCAACGCACCAAUUGAUGAUAAGAUUGACUUUUCUUUCCAAUUGUAUGAUCUCAAACAGCAAGGUUUUAUUGAAAGACAGGAGGUAAAACAAAUGGUGGUGGCUACUCUAGCUGAAUCUGGUAUGAAUCUUUCAGAUGAUGUGAUCGAAAGUAUUAUUGACAAGACAUUCGAGGAAGCUGAUACAAAACAUGAUGGUAAGAUUGACAAGGAAGAAUGGCGAAACCUUGUAUUGCGGCAUCCAUCCCUUCUGAAAAACAUGACUCUUCAGUAUUUGAAAGAUAUAACUACCACAUUUCCUAGUUUUGUUUUUCACUCGCAAGUUGAUGAUACUUGA